UACCAUUAGGAACAAUGUUGUUGAUGAACUUGUGCAACAUGAGGCUUAUCAGUGCUUUCACCCUGACUAUUACUGACACAUUGUAAUUAAACAUUAACCCUGGAGGUUCUGGGAGGAGUCAGUGCUUGUCUGGUCAGUGAAAUGUUUUCAUCUGCUUCGCUGUCCCAGUCCUGAGAUAUGAUGGGAGAUAUGGACAAGAGGACACCAGCUGAAGGCCCUGUGGAAAAAGGCUUCACAAGAAAAUUCACAUUUAAUCCGAAGGAGGGAAUAGAUAAUCCAAUCAUGGUCGUCACAGAUGACACAGACUCAAGGUCUCCCUGCCCACGCUUGUGUGUUCUCAAACGAGAGCAGGGGGAGUCUUAUGGCUUCUACCUCCGAGUGGAGAGGGGGCAAACUGGACACAUUAUCAGAAAUAUAGCAUCAGGAGGGAUCGCUGAGCGCAGUGGCCUCAUGGAUGGAGACAAACUUCUGGAGGUCAACUGCUGCUUUGUGGAUGAUGUUGAACACCAAGAGGUUUCAAGAAGGAUAAAAGUAAGUGGAAAUCAAAUUUCUCUAUUAGUUUUGAGUGGAGAUGAAUAUGAACAGGCCAAGUCUGAAGGUCUUGACCUCAGAAAUGUGGCCAGGGUCGCCAAAUGUGGCUUUAAACCUCCAAGACUCUGUCACAUCAACAAGGGCACAGCAUCUUGUCUGGGAAUCAGCUUCACUGCUGUGGAAGGGCAGAAGGGCCACUUCACUGUGAGCCUGGUCGCUGAAGGAGCAGCUGAGAAAGCUGGAGUAUGCAAGGGAGAUCAACUGGUUUGGAUGAAUGGGGCAACAGUAGAAAAUCUAACGCACUCUGCCUUAAACAAGAUGUUGAAAAGAAGUGGUAGUCAGAUCACUAUUCUGGUGGUUGAUGCUGAGAGUGAGAAAUACUACAACUCCCAGCGGAUACCCAUCCUUCCAGCUAUGGCUACGCCACAUAAUCUUCCAUUGAAAGCUAGAAAACUACAUUUGACGCCAGAUAAAAAUGGCUAUGGCUUUUUACUGCGACUGGAAAAAUCGCCAUCAGGCCGUAUUGCUCAUGUUUUACGUGAGAUGGAACGUGAUGGGCCAGCUGAGAAGGCGGGGAUGCGUGAUGGAGACCUGCUGUUGGAAGUGAAUGGAGAAGAAGUGCAGUCUCUGAAACAUGACGAGAUCGUAGACAGAAUCAAACAGAGUGGACAAAAAGUCACAGUUACCACUAUUUCGCCAAAAGGACUGGACUUUUACAGCAAGUUGGGUCUAUCACCAUUGCUUUUCUGUGACGAAGACACAGUUAAAGGACAAGAUAGCAGUGUGCCAACCACUUUGAUAAAUGAAGGCAAGGAAAGCACUUGCAAGCCAGCCCCUGAGCCCUGCCCUAGUGAGGCGGAAGAGGAUACAGAUGAGAUAACAUACUUGUGAAUGAACAUUUAGGCUGUAAAGAUUAGACAAGUCAAGUGUACACUGGAGAAUAAUGCUUUGCUGAUGUGUUGUUUUGGGAAGAAAAGUAGCAUCAAGUGUUUUUUGUUUUUGUUUUUUUCUGAAAUAUAGGUCUAAAUAAGUACUUUGCACUACUGAAUUAAAGCUGUUCAAAAUAUUUAUAAUUUAUCAUCUGGAUAUAAUAACAGGCUAAUAGUCAUAGUAUAGUUUAUCAAUAAUAAACUAAUCUAUUAUGAGACUCUAUGACGUAGGCUAUUUAUAAUAAUAUAAUAGAUAAAUGUGAAAUGUUGUUUUCAUUUCAGUUUUGUGAGGGCAAAUAAUAUCAGACAAUGUAGGCCUAUAUUCCAGGCAUGUAGGCUAUUGUGAAUACUAAGCUUGUAAAUUAUUGAUCAUGUUAGUUUGAAUUAAAAUAAAAUGUCUGUACAUUAUUAUUGCGUUUUAGUGCAUUUUUCGAUUCUACCGCCCUCUGUUGGUCGAGGAAAUAAUGAAAAUGUAUUGUAUUACACCAUUAAAACUUAGAUAUAUUGUGAUUGCAAAAAA